GACGAUUUCUCCGGCUCUUUUUGUUCGCUCUCUCUAGAGUGUGUCAUCAAACGCUGGAAUAAGCGUUGCCAUAGCCAUUAGAAUGACUGCUCUGAGAAGUUAUCUUCAGUUCUGAGCAAACAUAGAAAACAAAACUCUGUGGACAAGAACGGGAAGCAACGAAGACGGGAGCUUUCCCAUCUAUGGAAGGUUCUCGAACGAUCACGUGACGUCUCUAGACCAGUUACAUUACACUUUUGAAAAAUACUCUGACGUAGUUACAUGUUCUUGUUUUUUUCCAGAGGAGAACGACGGCUUUGUCCAGUCAAUGACAUAUUAGUUCGACGAAGAGAUCACUCAGGCUGAGUGAGAAAGGAGAAAAGAAACUUGGAGAAGUAUAAGUGUUAUUUAAAGAGGAAUUGUUACGGUUUUGGGGGUUUUCAGUUGAGAAAAUGUUAUUUGUUGGAGAAAAACAGGGAAUGGCAUAGCACGUGGAAAAAUUUGACCAAUCGCAGUACGCGCUCCCGACAGAAGUGUAUAAAUACUGGUCGAUCGCUGUAGGAGCUGUCCGCCAUCGAAGACUAAAUAAGUGGGAAGGAGACCGCGCAAGCGUUGUGUAUUUUUAAGUAAACGUGUAUUUAAAUAAAAACAGUAACUGUAAAAUCGCGUUACACGUCGACGAGAAUCAUCGUUGUUCCUCCCUCCGGCAGAUCAUCUUCGGCACAGAGCAUCUGUCUCAAUUCGGCAGUUAAAACAAUCUUGUUGUGCCAGAGACGGAAAGUUCUGGCGGAAGAUGUGUGAUGACAACUGAAGCACGGCGAAGGAUCGUUGCGAACAAGCGAGCCCCCGCUGAAGAGCCCGAACCGUAACCAUGUCGGACGUGAAAGGACCCCACAAGGCGGCCACGUGCGGAAACCCCCCACCCCCCCAGUACAAGAACCCCAAGACGCCCGGGCGGCUGACCAAUCAGCUGCAGUAUCUGCAGAAAGUUGUGGUCAAGGCAUUGUGGAGACACCAUUUCGCUUGGCCCUUUCGGCAGCCUGUGGAUGCCAUGAGGCUGAACCUUCCCGACUACUACACAAUCAUUAAGACGCCAAUGGACUUGAGCACCAUAAAGAAGCGUCUUGAGAACAAUUAUUACUGGAAAGCAAUGGAAUGCAUUGAAGACUUUAACACAAUGUUCACGAACUGCUACGUGUAUAACAGGCCAGAAGAUGACAUCGUGCUGAUGGCGCAGGCCUUGGAGAAGCUCUUCCUGCAGAAGGUGGCUCAGAUGCCCCAGGAGGAAGUGGAAGUUUCCACGAUCACAGCAAAGGCACCUGGGAAGGGGAGGAAGCCCACCUCAGUUGCGGUGAAGUCGAAGCCCCAGUCCCCCGUGUCCGAGGUCGUGUUCCAGCAGACCGUGACCGUGAUCCCCCCCGAGAUGCUCCACUCGAUCCCGCCCGCGCCGCUCUCGGCGCAGAUCGCCGCCAAAAUCAAGAAGGGCAUUAAAAGGAAAGCGGACACCACCACCCCGACCGCCGCCGCCGCCGUCGUCGUGACGAGCAGCGAGUCGUCGCCGUGCACCGAGGCGAAGGCCUGCAAGCUGAUGUCCAGGCGGGGCAGCGGGAGGCCCAUCAAGCCCCCCAGGAAGGACCUGCCCGACUCGCAGCAGCAGCACCAGGUGGGCAAGAAGGUCAAGCUCUCGGAGCAGCUCAAGCACUGCAACGCCAUCCUGAAGGAGAUGUUCACCAAGAAGCACGCCGCCUACGCCUGGCCCUUCUACAAGCCCGUCGACGCCGAUCGGCUGGGCCUGCACGAUUACCACGACAUCAUCAAGCAGCCCAUGGACCUCAGCACCAUCAGAAAGAAGAUGGAGGCCAGAGAAUACAAAGAUGUCCAGGAGUUUGCUUCAGAUUUUAGAUUAAUGUUCUUCAACUGCUACAAGUACAAUCCACCAACUCACGAGGUGGUGCUCAUGGCAAACAAGCUUCAGGACGUGUUCGAGAUGCGCUUCGCCAAGAUGCCGGACGAGGCGGCGGAGGCGGAGCAGCCGGAGCAGCCCUGCGAGCACCGGGCCAAGGCCGAGAGGAAGGACAAGAGGAGCCGGGUGGAGAGCUCGUCCAGCUCGGAGAGCAGCAGCGACAGCUCCUCGGAAUCCGAAAGCUCCUCGGACACGGAGGAGGAGAGGGCCCAGCGGCUGGCCAACCUACAGGAGCAGCUGCAAGCCGUGCGCGAACAGCUGCAGAUACUGACCCAGACGCCAUUGCUGAAACCAAAAAAGAAGGAGAAAUCGCAGAAGGACAAGAGGAAAAAAGACCGGAAGGAGCCGCCGAGGCUAAAGUGCGAGGAGGAGAGGAAGCCGAAGCCGAAAGUGAAGAAGAGGUCCGGCAAGGGCCCGUCGGCACUUCACGGCAAGAAGAGCAAGCUGGCGUACGACUCUGAGGACGACGAGCCCUUGGCCCCCAUGGCGUACGACGAGAAGCGGCAGCUGAGCCUGGACAUCAACAAGCUGCCGGGCGACAAGCUGGGCAAGGUGGUGAGCAUCAUCCAGUCCAGGGAGCCGGCGCUGAGGGACACCAACCCCGAGGAGAUCGAGAUCGACUUCGAAACCCUGAAGCCGUCCACGCUGAGAGCCCUGGAGCGAUACGUCAUGACCUGUCUGAGGAAGCGGCCCAAGAAGCCCAGCCAGAAAAAGCCGGCCAAGCCCAAAGCGCAGCGGGGCGAGAAGAAGCGGGACCCGGAGAAGCGCUUGCCUGACGCCGGCGAGCCGCCCAGCUCGGCCAAGAAGGCGAAAAGGAAGGGCGGGAUGGCGGGCGGGACUAAAGGUCUGGGGGGCCCCUCCAGACUCAGCGACAGCAGCACCUCCUCGAGCUCUGACAGCAGUAGUAGUGAUUCUAGCACUUCAGAUAACAGUGACUCUGAAUCAGAACGAAAAACAAAGCAGAAGCUAAGCAAAGGUGCCAGCGAUGGCAAACUAAAAAUGAAGGAAGUGAAGCAGACCGCCUCCCAGCGAGGCUCCCUGGGAAAGGCGCUGGAUGACUCCGCGCCCCUGGCCAGCCUGCUGCCCCUCGCUCAGAACCCCCACCUGCAGGACCCCAGCCAGGCCCUGGUCGUUCCGCAGGAGACGCCCGAUCCUCCUGAAGACACCCUUACGUCACCUCCAGCCUUACACAGCCGUCUGCCGCCGCAGCCGUCGAGACCUAGCGCCAAAGCAGCACCUCUACCUCGCAAAAGCAGGGCCGCGUCCCUGCAGCUCGACGCCCCGACCCCCCCUCGCCCCCCCGCCGAGCUCCCUCUGAGCCCCGAGCCGGUCGGCUCGCGGGCCCCCGCCUCCAGCCCCCGCGUUUCGACACCCCCCCCGCCCCCGCAGCAGCAGCAGCAGCAGCCCCUGUCCUCCCUGCCUUGUGCGCAGGAGGCCCAAUCCGACGCUCAGCCUCUCGGUCCUCCGAGCCGCGCGUCGGAGAAUCCUCCUGAUAGGGCGGACUCGGAAGGAGUCUCCGCCCUGCUGUCUCCGCUGAGCUCCCCGCCCGCCGCACUGUUCUCCAGCUGCGGAGCCUCGCUUCCUGCACUGCCACACCCUGCUGAGGUCAGGAUGGAGCGCCUGCUGUUAUCCCCUCUUCAGGAUAGCCCACUGCACUCUGGGAAGGAUGAGAGAAAGCACCCAGAGUCCCAGGAUACCGGUCAGUGCGAAGGUGGAGAGCAGGACUCCUGCGAAUCUACCCCGACGCCUGGAGCAGCGCACGGCGGCGCCGCUAACAAAGUCAACAAGGAGACGAAACCCUCGCUCCCGAGAACGGAUAUCGUGCUGAAGAACGCCGACUCCUGGGCCAGUUUAGGGAAGAUGGCCACCUUCACCCCCUCCACCAUCAAGUCUUCGAAGGAGAGCUUCCAGCAGUUCCGCAAGGCGGCCAUGGAGAAGGAGGAGCGGGAGAGAGCUCUUAAGAGGCUACAGAUGGAGGUGAGCCGGGAGAAGAGGCCGGUCCCAGAAAAACCCAGGGAGGAGCCGGAGGUCGCCGAGAGCGCGCCGGCAGCAACCGCCCCCGCCCCCGCCCCCGCCAUCGAGGCGCUCAAGCCAGCGGAACCGGCCAAACCGGAGCCUGCAGCAGGGCCGCCACUGUCGCCGCCGCCACCGCCAGCCGCGCAGGGCCCACAGCUAACGGCGCAGUCCUCGCUGGACCGGGACCGAGAGCUGGCCCGAAAGAGAGAGCAGGAGCGCCGGCGGCGGGAAGCUAUGUCGGCCAUCAUUGAUAUGACGAUGCAAAGCGACAUCAUGGCGACGUUUGAGAAGAACCUGGACUAACUGAGCUUCCAGCUCCCCGAGGCAUUUGACAGAUUCCUUGUAUUACAAAAUAUGGUACAUAUCGCUGUUCCUAUGAACAGUACAGACUUCCCCCUCCCUCCCUCCAAUAUUGGAUGUCUGAGCCAAUCAUUUUGGUGAAGGAAACGGGUCAUUGUUAAAGAAGAAACUUGCUGCAUGGCAACUUCACUUAGCAUUUUAUUAUAGUUGUAAGAUACUGUAUAGUGUAAAAAAUAUUGUGUUUUUUUUUGUUUGUUUGUUUUUUUUUUUUUGGUGUGUCCAGACACUCUAAAAAGGACCAUAUCGUUCUGAAAUGUGUGCACUGAGGGUUCUGUCUGUCACUUAGCUAGUAGAUAUUGGGUAAGGGUAGAAAAUGAAGUAUUGUUGUAAACCUGAAAAUCAUACACUGCUUGUAGUUGAACCUCACACCCAUACCCACACGUUAGAAGCCUAUGUUUGCAAGUUUUUUUUGUAGCAAAGUCUUUUGUUGACCACAGUACAUUAAGCCUUUUAAAGCCAGGUUUACAUGUUCAGACUACAUUCCACUGCAUUUAUUUUUGAUAGUUUCUUUCUUUUCUGUGUAUAAUCCCUGUUGUGUUUUUGUACCGGUGGUAACUUUGAAUGGCAUUACUGUAAUGAAUAAUAACUGUGUAUGAUUUCCUCCUCUGGUCCAUUUCAUAGUACUAAUUCAGCAACUAAUGCAGAAAAUAUCUGUGCUUUGAUGUUUUCAGUUGGAAUAGUCUUACUGAUCUGUAUAUAAGUGAAGGAAUGUCCUCUGCAAUGUUUUCUGUAAUAUCAGAAUAUAUAUGGAAAAUGUUUAUUUGUAAUAAAAUAAUACUUAGCAUUUUGUUACCUGGAAGUAGCAGUUAACUUUUUGCCAAAUGUUGGUAUUCAAACGUGGGACAUAUUUUUUAGGCUACUGUUUGCUUCAAUUGUUUAAGUUUCGACUUGAAAGUGCAGUGCCAUAAAGUGGUGUGCUUAUUGCAAAUUUUAGGCAAUACGUGCCUAAUUUGAUAAUCCUGUUAAUAAAAUGAAAAAAAAGAAGAAAAAUUAGAUGCAGAACUUAA